UUAUCUCAUCUGUUAGAUCAGUUAACUACUCCGGUGAAUAAAGAUUUGACCAAUACAUUGCAUGAUAUUCUUUUCUUGUCAAAACAUAUUCUUCAUUUAAUUAAUAUGUAUUGAUUUUGAAGAAACAGAAAAUUCUAGUAAUCAUCUUUCAUCAUGGAAUUUAUUCACUCAAAAUUGGAUAAUUAUUCAUUUCAAAACAAUUACAUUGAAAUUUAUCAACUACUCAUGAUUCGAUUCAAAUGUCUAUACAUAAAAUUGAACAAGAGGAGUUUACAUUAUACAAAGAAAACAAUGUUUAUCUCUGCGUCUUCAUUGAAGAGAUUGUCAGCGUCACCAUCACCAUCACCGUCAUCAUUAUUCAAUUCUAUUCAACAAACAUUACCUUCUGCCUAUUUGCCACCUAAUUUCAAUUUAUUCCUUCUACUAAUUCUUACGAAUUGUUUAAAUAAUCUAUCAAGUUUAUUUUCCAAUAGUAACAGUCAGUAAUAAUACUCAUGUGCAUAAUAUUGAAUAUAUAUAUAUAAAGGUGACUGAAUUCUCGAGUAUUAUUGCCAAGUGGAUAGAUCGAAUUGAACCAGCUGAUAGAUUGAUGAAUGAGUUAAUAACUGAAUACUUUAAAGAAUUAAGUAAGUGAACUACAAUUGCCUAAAUUAUUAUACAAUUUG